UAGGUUACGUUACAAACAUGGGUUUUUGGUAUUCGAUAGUAUUUUUAAGUGUUUUGUAUAAUUUAAUUCCUCAUUCUCACUGUAAGGGAUAUGCUCGGGCGGAUGCAACAGAUACUUUCGAUACAGAUCUUAUUGAGAAUACCCUUGAUCCAGAGUUGUGUCAAAGACAGUUGGACUAUCUACGCAAUGAGGACACGUUGUUGAGGCUACAACUUUUAGAGUCCGGGAUAAGACUCCCAAGAGGAAUAACAAAAGGUAAUUUUAUGGAUUUUGGAAACUUCCGACAAUGCCUGGCCAUACACAAAGAAGUAGAAGAUAUGACUAUCCAAGGAAAAUUUUGUAUGAUGAGUGUUCCAGUCAACAUUGAAUUACAGAUUCAAAAUGAUUUUACAAACCUCGCGUUUGAUGCUGCUAAAUUAAAUAAAAAUAUUGAAUUUACCGAUCUCAUAAAACAGAUAAAUAAAGAAAGAGAAUUUGUGCUAGAAAGAGAACGAAUGAACAUUUUUAGAAACGGGGUUAAUCGAAACGAGGAUUCCGAAAUCAGUUUUCGUGUUGCUGUAUGUCUACCUUCAGCCUGUACUUUAAAAGAUGCAUUAAGCAAUCCACUUUUCAACAUAAGUGAUGUUGGACUUAAUGUUAAACAAGAAUUCUGUAGACUUCCAAAUGAUAAGCCUUUCGUAGCCGCGGAUUAUGUUGCGUGGGUAAUCUUUUCUUUGCUUGGCUUAAUUACGACCCUAAGUACGAUCUACGAUGUCCGUCACACAUUCAUUUUUAAGAAAGACCCAAAAGAAGCAAAUGAAAUACUAAAUGCAUUUUCUCUGUAUAAAAAUUCUUGUCAAAUCAUUAAAAUUAAUGCAUCCAGACCAGGAACUUUGGACUGUCUCGAUGGUAUUCGGGCCUUAUCCAUUAUUUGGGUCAUCAUUGGGCACACUUUUAUGAUGGCUAGCUAUUAUCCAGCUAAUCCAAUUGACAUGUAUAAUUGGUAUACCUCAUUGGGAGCAAUAUGGAUGAAAACUUCUACGUUAGCGGUGGAUACGUUCUUUAUGCUGAGUGGACUUUUAGUAGUUUAUACUACUACGAAAAAGUUUACUGCAAAACAACUAGCUAAAAACUUGCACUUAUUUUACCUGCAUCGUCUGUUGCGUCUUUUCCCUGUUUUGGCCGCAGUGAUUUUGUUCAAAACUUCGAUAUAUCAUCAUCUUGGAGAUGGUGCGGUAUGGGAAAUGCCAGCUAGAGAUGUGCAAAGUUGCAGAAGUUAUUGGUGGGUCACGCUACUCUACCUGCAAAAUUUCUUAAUACCACAAGGCGGGUGUGUAGGAGAAGCUUGGUACUUGUCGAUCGACGUACAUCUUCACAUAUUAUCACCAAUUGUUCUUCUAUGGGUACUCUCUGGUGCAAAAAGACCAGCAUGGGUAGCUCUAAUUUCAACAUUACUAUUGUCUUUAGUAGGAGCUACAACUUAUGUAUUUGUAAAUGGUAUAAUGUUAGAUUCACCUGAUCAUUAUGCUUAUUACUAUGUGAACAUAUUGACGAGAACUCCACCAUUCUUAAUAGGCAUGAUUUAUGGAUAUCUUUUACAUCUUAGGCGUGAAAACAAGGUGGCGAUACGUAAGCGUUACGGAUACCUCACUACAGUCAUGUCACUCUGCUUACUGGCUUUGAUUUUAUAUUCUGACCAUAUUCAUACACAUGGCGAUGUAACGGAUAAUCUUGAUCAAUUUUUCUUGACUUUCAAAAGGUCUGCUUGGGUUGUGACUGUAGGAUGGAUAAUAUUCGCGUGUGUGAAUGGAUUCGCUGGCCCUAUAAACUGGUUCUUAUCAAUGUCUUUAUGGAAGAUACCAUCUAGAAUAUCAUAUUCAAUGUAUCUAAGUCAUUUGACUCUUAUGUUAGCGUACUAUGGAAGCAUAUUACAACCUACUUACUUCUCAGUAGAAUUGUUUAUGUUUGAUUUCUUCGGAUUCCUCUACUUGACAAUAUUUGUUGCUUUCUUCAUGACAGCUAUCAUUGAUUCUCCAUUUGCUAUUCUGUCCAGAGUAUUACUAGUAGGAGGUGCCAAGAAACAAAACAAGAAAGUAAGAGAACCUGAAAGUAGCUCAGCGCCAGGUAUCACUCAAGAGAAAACAGUACAUGAAAAACUAUAAAGUCGUGCUGUUUGAUAAUGACCUGGUAAUUUGUGAAUUAAUAUUGUGAUGCCAUACUUCUUAUCUUGAAGUAUUACCUAUGUACAUAUUAUAUCUUCUAUGGAGAGGAACAUAAUAAUAUUAUUUUAGUAGGUAAUUUAAUGUACUUACCAUGAUGUACCAUGAUUAUAAUAUCGUUAAUAUUAUUAUCAAUU